AUGAAUCCUGUAAAUAAUAUAAGUGAAAGUCAAAGACGAUUAGGGACUGAUGAUGAUGAUGAUGAUGAUGAUGAUGAUGAUGAUGAUGAUGAUGAUGAUGAUGAUGAUGAUGAUGAUGAUGAUGAUGAUGAUGAUGAUGAUGAUGAUGAUGAUGAUGAUGAUGAUGAUGAUGAUGAUGAUGAUGAUGAUGAUGAUGAUGAUGAUGAUGAUGAUGAUGAUGAUGAUGAUGAUGAUGAUGAUGAUGAUGAUGAUGAUGAUGAUGAUGAUGAUGAUGAUGAUGAUGAUGAUGAUGAUGAUGAUGAUGAUGAUGAUGAUGAUGAUGAUGAUGAUGAUGAUGAUGAUGAUGAUGAUGAUGAUGAUGAUGAUGAUGAUGAUGAUGAUGAUGAUGAUGAUGAUGAUGAUGAUGAUGAUGAUGAUGAUGAUGAUGAUGAUGAUGAUGAUGAUGAUGAUCAAUAUAUAUAG